AUGGCCAGCAUCAUCCGCGGCGGCGUGGACUCCGCCCAGCCAAGCAGCCAGCCCGUCCGCGCCGUGGCGUUCGACUUCCAAGACAUGUCGCACCGCGCGGACGAGUACGUCCAGCAGGUCCGCGACGAGGCGGCCAAGAUCGUGCAGCAGGCCCACGCCGACGCCGAGCAGAUCCGCCGCAACGCGGACAAGGCGGGCCGCGAGACCGCCGAGCAGGCGAUUGAGAAGGUGCUGUCGGAGAUGGUCGGCAAGCAGAUCGACACCCUCCGCCCGGCCCUGGCGGGCAUCGUCAACCAGCUUGAUGACGCGCGGAACCAGUGGCUCGACCAUUGGCAGCAGGCGUCCUUGGCGCUGGCCGUGAAGAUUGCCGAGCGGCUCGUGCGGCGAGAGCUGACCGCGCAGCCAGAGAUCCCCGAGGACUGGGUCCGCGAGGCGUUGACGCUGGCAGCCGCCGGGGGCGAGAUCACGGUGCGUCUGAACCCGGCGGACCACGCCCACCUGGCGCCCAAGGCGGAAGAGGUCGCCCGCGACCUGGGCAAGCUCGCACAAACACGCAUCCUCGACGACGACGCCAUCAAGCCGGGCGGGUGCCUCGUUGAGACCCGCUACGGCGCCAUCGACAUGCAGCUGGAAACCCAGCUGAACGCCACCCCCGCUGCCCUGACCGGCAGCGUUGUGGAGGUGGUCGGCAUGACCGCAACGGCGGCCGACUUCCCCGCGCCCAUCGGCGCGCUGGCGGAGAUCUACGCGCCCUCGGGCGAGUCGAUCGAGGCAGAGGUCGUUGGCUUCUCAGACGCCGGCGCGGUGCUGUACCCACUGCGGAGCAUCGCGGGCGUACGCCGCGGGUGCCGCGUGCGUCUGAAGCGGACCGAGCGACGCAUCCGCGUCGGCAACGGCCUGCUGGGGCGGGUGGUGAACGCCCACGCCCGCUGCAUUGACGGCAAGCCCCACCCCUUCCUAACCGACCGGGCGCCGAUGGACCGCGACGCCCCCGGACCGGUCGACCGCCCACGCAUUCAGCAACCACUCUCCACCGGCGUCCGCUCGAUAGACGGCAUGCUGACCUGCGGACGCGGCCAGCGGCUGGGUAUCUUCGCCGGUUCGGGCGUGGGCAAGAGCGUGCUGCUGGGCACCAUGGCCCGCAACACCUCGGCCGACGUCAACGUGAUCUGCCUGGUCGGCGAGCGCGGCCGCGAGGUCAACGACUUUAUCGAACGCGACCUCGGCCCGCAGGGCCUGGCGCGCAGCGUGGUGGUGGUCGCCACCAGCAACGAGCCGGCGCUGAUGCGGCUGCAGGCCGCGUCGGCCGCGACUUCGAUUGCCGAAUGGUUCCGCGACCGCGGCAAGGACGUGCUGCUGCUGGUCGACUCGGUCACACGCACCGCGAUGGCGAACCGCGAGAUCGGCCUGGCCGCCGGCGAGCCGCCCACCAGCCGCGGCUACCCACCCUCCACCUUCAGCCUGCUCCCCAAGCUCGUCGAGCGCGCCGGCCGCGCCCGGCAGGGGAGCAUCACCGCCUUCUACUCGGUGCUCGUCGAGGGCGAUGACGAGAACGAGCCGAUCGCCGACACAAUGCGGGGCCUGCUGGACGGGCACGUCUGGUUGUCCCGCAAGCUGGCCGGCGAGGGGCACUACCCGGCCAUCGACCUGCUGCAGAGCAUCAGCCGCCUGAUGAGCGAGGUCGCGGGCCAGCGCGAGCAGGAGUCGGCCCUGCUGGUCCGCAGGCUGCUGGCGGCCUACCGGGAGAACGAGGACCUGAUCACUAUUGGCGCCUACCGUAAGGGGAGCAACCGAACGGUGGACGCGGCGCUGGCGCUGCGUGAAGAGAUCAACGGCUUCCUGCGGCAAACCCGCACCGAGGAGUGCACCCUCGAGACCACCAUCCAGGCGCUCAACGCGCUCGGCACAAAGGCCGCCAAUGCCUUGGGCGCGCCGGUCGCGCCCAUCGCCCCGGUGACGGCGCCCGCGGUGACCGCGGCGGCCCCUACCCCAACCAUCUGA